UUCAAGCUGGUGCCACAAAUGAUACAAGAGUUUUUAGGAAUUUUUUUUGUAAAAUUAUUUUUAAAAAAGGAUCGUUUUAAUGUAACCCCGGCACAUUAUGCAGCAGCAUGUGGCUCUAUUUCAACACUUAAGGCUGUCUUAUGUGAUAGGGAAGGACAACAACAACCUGUAGAUAGUGAAGGAAGAACUCCAUUUAUGUGGGCAGUUAUUGGACAAAAUGAAAAAUUGGUGCUACAAAUGUUAAGCAACAAAACUAGAGCUAGUCAAUUACUUGCUUGUAAAGAUCAUUUUAAAAGGUAA